ACAGGCGGUAGUGCAGCAAAAUUUUUGUGGGAUGGAUUGCCUAAAGCUUGCACAGAUUGGUCAAAAUGGAGAAUUUUCUCCUGUGAUGAGAGACAUGUCCCAUUUGAUGACCCAGAAUGCUCUUACAGUAUUUAUAAAUCAAAUCUCUUCACAAGAGUCCCAUUAUCUGAGGAGCAUGUUUUCCCUCUUAAUCCUGAUCUUUUUGGUUAGUUUUUUAAUACAGUUUUCAAUAAUGGACAAAUAUUUAUCAUUUUGUUAUCAGCUUCAUACAAAACAAAUCUUAUUCAACUUAACAACAUUUGCUUGGAAUUAUUUCUUCCCUUUGGUGUUAUUCACCCAUUUGCAUACAACAAUGUGUACGUCACACCUUUUCUUGUACAAAGUAUCCAUAACUUGUACAUAUGACCCAUUUUUCCUUGUAGUGGAGAGUGCUGCAGAAGACUAUGUGAGAAAACUUGGAAUUGUGUUCACUGAUGGUCUGCAAAGAUUUGAGGUGUUAUUUCUGGGGAUGGGUCCUGAUAGACACACCUGUUCAUUGUUUCCUGGGCAUUUUCUCUUAAAGGUUUGUGUGUUUUGAGAUUUCAAUACAUAUUGCUUUUUAUGUUCAUCAUUCAUAACUCUUUCGCUCCCAUUUUUGUGAUUCCUGACAAAUUUUACAUAAGAACUGGGAGGGUGGGCAUUUUUUUUUGGGGGGGGGGGGGGGUUUGUUUUUUUUUUUUUUCCCUCAUUGUAAGGGAUAAAAAUGUUUUCGGUAUGUUUAUAAUGUAAUGUUUGUGACAAAGACUGCAGCGUUGAUAUUUUUUAUUCACCAGGAAACAAGUAAAAUUGCUGCCGCUAUCAGUGAUUCCCCCAAGCAGCCGCCAAAGCGUGUGACGCUGACAUUCCCAACAAUCAACAAUGCUGCGUGUGCUGUGUUUGCAUCAUGUGGCACCAGCAAGGUGGACAUUGUGCAG